AUGACAAAUUCAGAGACGCGAAACGCGCCCCUCAUUCCCGCCGCAACCCCUCCCAUUCGCGCCGUCAAAUACAGUAUGGAGUACAUCCUCACGGUCGCUCUCUAUGGGGAGGCGGGACGGCGGUGGUGGAAACAUUCGCUCUUGGCAUCGAGUGGAGUCGUGGGCGUUCAAGUAUUUGAGAUAAUCGUUCAUUGCGGAUCACUACCACCACCGCCACGACAUUCGCGCAUUCUCCUGCGUCGAACUCGCAGUUCUCCGUUCGAAGAUCGGGGGACGAGGGAAACCCUCUCCAUCCCACCCUCCGUCCCGAGGUCCCUGGUGCCCAAUCCGAUCAGCUCAGCUCCUCCCCUCCCCCGCGGUAUCGGACAGCCCGUGAAGGAGGGGGUGGUGUCAGGGCUGGAUUGGUGA